AUGACAAAACCAGCACCAAAAUUAGGUAUUCUCCAGCUGAAUACAACGUUCCCCAGACCAGUUGGGGACGUCGGACAUGUGGGCACAUGGGGUGAUACUCCAGUAGUGAUUAAAGUCGUAGAAGAAGCGGAAAUAACCAGCGUUGUGGAUGGUUCUUGGGGAGAAGACCUGGUUGAGGCGUUCGUAAGGGAAGGUAAAAAAUGCAUGAAAGAGGAGAAUUGUGUCGCUUUUGUGACUUCAUGCGGUUUCCUUGCAACCAUGCAUCCUACCUUGUCACGUCAAUUGCCUUUCAUGGGAACUUCAUCAUUGAUGCAGGUCGCAUGGUUACAAACUUCCUUUCUCCCUGUACUAGAAGACGGGAAACAUCAAGUAGGCGUAAUAACAUUCAAGAAAGCAUCCUUGACACAAAAACAUUUCGAGGCUGUCCGAGCUCAUCCUUCAACUCCGGUAGAAGGUGUUCCUCAACCAGGGAUAUUUUCCAGCGUACUUGGCGAAACUAUACCAUAUGACCAUCAAGGAAUGGCUAAAGAAAUGAAAGAAGCAGCUUCACUAUUGGUAGAACGAAAUCCUCAGCUCAAAGCUAUCGUGCUUGAAUGUACCAACAUGCCUCCUUUCGCUAAAGAAGUACACGAGGUGACUGGUUUACCCGUAUACGAUGUAAUUGGUUUGGGACAGUAUUUGUACAAAGCAGCGUGUCCAAAAUCAUAUGCAUAA